UUUUCAAAUGUUCAGAGCUCCAGCUCCCCUCUGUGUGACCUCAAGUCAACAACACGGCGUCCACGAAACGCUCCGUGCUCCGCCUGCUCAGUAGCUGUUCCACCAAGAAGAUGCCCGUUCGAGCCAAGAUCGGUCCCAGCAUUCUCAAUGCAGACCUGUCCAACCUAGCGGCGGAGUCCCAGAAGCUGCUGGACAAUGGAGCGGACUACCUGCAUCUGGACGUGAUGGACGGCACAUUUGUGCCCAAUCUCACCUUCGGUCACCCCAUGGUCAAGAGCUUGCGCAACAAGAUCAAGACGGCCUUCUUCGAGACGCACAUGAUGGUCCAGAACCCGGAGCAGUGGAUAGCGCCCAUGGCCGAUGCGGGUGUCAAUCUCUACACGUUCCACAUCGAGCCGGUGGAGGAUGUGGAGAGGGUCAGCCGCCUGGUCCAGGAAUCGGGCAUGAAGGUGGGCCUCGCCAUCAAGCCGGGCACAGAGGUAAAAGACCUGGAGAAGUACAUGAGCAUUGCCGAUCUUGUGCUAGUGAUGACCGUGGAGCCCGGUUUCGGAGGACAAUCUUUCAUGGGCGACAUGAUGCCGAAGGUGGAGUGGCUGCGCGAGAACUACCCCAACCUGGACAUCGAAGUGGACGGAGGAGUGGGACCCAAGACAAUCGAGUGCUGUGCCAAGGCGGGAGCCAACAUGAUCGUCUCGGGAACGGCUGUGGUGGGAGCCUCCGAUCAGAGGCAGGUCAUCAAGGACAUGCGCGAAGUGGUGCAGAGCUACCUCAAGUAAUGAUGCAUUUACCAUAGCAUUUUCGAUGCAUAGUUUUAAGGGCCGUUUUCUCAUCCUCUUGGUUAAAAAAGUAGGUUUAUACCCACAAUUCAUAUGAAAAUGUACAUUUAAAACGCUACUUAGCAAGGGGACGAGAAAACGGGAUCAAGAAAAAUUUAUUAAUUAGGCGGAAAGUGUUGACAAAA